AUGUCCCUCCCGAGCUCCCGCACCCGCUGGGUGAGCGACUUCUUCUCCUACGAGACCACCAAGUCGGUGGUGGUGAAGAGCUGGGUGGUGGGCGUCGUCAACCGCGGCGUCCAGCUCCUCAUCCUCGCCUACUUCGUCGGCUGGGUGUUCCUCCAUGAGAAAGCGUACCAGGUACGGGACACCGCCAUCGAGUCCUCCGUGGUCACCAAGGUGAAGGGCGUGGGGCGCUAUGCGGGGCAGGUGAUGGACACGGCCGACUACAUCACGCCCCCCCAGGGCACCUCGGUGUUCGUGGUGGUCACCAAGCAGAUCCGGACCGAGGAGCAGGCGCAGGGCGUGUGCCCGGAGAGCGAAGCCGCGUUCCACUGCUCGGCGGACCGGGACUGCCGGGAGCUCAGCCCGGGCACGAACAACGGGAUGCUGACAGGGCGCUGUGUCCGCUACAACGCAACCCUGCGCACCUGCGAGAUCCAGGGCUGGUGCCCGCCUGAGGUGGACACCGUUGACGUCCCCGUCAUGCUGGAAGCUGAGAACUUCACCCUCCUCAUCAAGAACAGCAUCCGCUUCCCGCUGUUUGGCUUUGAGAAGACCAACCUGCCACCCCCUGGCAGUGGAGCAGAGCUGGGUCGCUGUCGAUUCCACCCACAGCUGCAGCCCCUGUGCCCCAUCCUGCGCUUGGGGGACGUGGCUCGUCUGGCUGGGCAGGACUUCCCUGCACUGGCUGCCACCGGAGGGGUGCUGGGGAUCAAGAUCGGGUGGGUGUGUGACCUGGACCGGGCCUGGGAGCUCUGCCUGCCCCGCUACUCCUUCACCCGCCUGGACAGCCUGGCUCGGACCCCUGCCCCUGGAUACAACUUCAGGCAUGCCAGAUACUACCGCUGGCCCGAUGGCUCCGAGCGCCGCACCCUCAUCAAGGCCUUUGGGAUCCGCUUUGAUGUUCUGGUGUAUGGCAGCGCCGGGAAGUUUGGCAUUGUUCCCACCCUCAUCAACACGGUGGCUGCUUUCACCUCCAUCGGUGUGGGCACGGUGCUGUGCGACAUCAUCCUGCUCAACUUCCUCAAGGGUGCUGAACACUACAAGGCCCGCAAGUUCGAGGAGGUGCCAGAGGCCGGCGUGCCUGCCACCCCUGCCAGCCCCACGGCGUGUCCCCCCGGGGCGCUGGGGGCCUGCUCCCGGGACAAGCAAUCCACCGACUCAGGCACCUUCUCCCUUGGCCUCUAG